UUAUUAGUCGACCCCUUUUCUCUCAGCAAAGACAUUCUUCCUGCGAGAACAUUUAUUGAAAUUAUAACUCAAAAUUAUAAAUCAAAAUUAGUUUAGAUAAGAACAUGAGAUGUAUAAAAUGCCUAAAUGUUAUAGCAAUUAACUAGCAAUUUGUUGCAGAAAUACUAAAUUAAUUUAAAACAAAGAAAAGUUUAAUGUAAUUUGAAAGAAAAAAAGAGAGAUUUACAAAGACGAUUACUACAAACAAUUUGCACACUAUUAAUAAAAACUAGACCACUUGACCACAUUAAUCUUAUCUAAUUAUCAUAUAUUAUCCAUAUAUAUUGCGAACAUAUCGUGAUAUUCAUAGUACGAAGGUCGUCUACGAAUCGGCCAAUCUUGAGUUCACGGAAAACCGGGCAGACAUCGAGUGUCCGAACAGUGAAAGUAUCAGCACGGUCGUCUAGAGUGCAGACGGAGGGGCAGUUGAUUCCUGAGCAUGUGUUCCUUAUGCGGGACCUGACUGAUGUUGCUGCCGCCGUUGUCGUCAUUGUGGUCACCGCUACCACCGCUUUACGAUUCGGUCGCGCUCACUCAGUAUUCUACUCGACGCGCUCGGAGCGGUCGAUUGAAUCGCGACUUGAUACGUGGCGGAGACUCGCACGCGCGAGAAGUACACUGAUGUGCUGAUAGACCCACCACGAGACGUCGAUGACUCUCUGUUUCUUCGAUUGUUUGAAAAACUGUCGAACGUCAGUCUUUGAGGAAGCAGGUGUUGCAUAAAAGGUUCUACCACGCUUGGAUUUGAAUGAUGAAACUACUUGCGGGUGUAGAGGAGGUUAGCGACCACUGUGAAAAAGAGUCCAAUAAUGGCCAACUGCACAACAAUAAUAGUCAUGAAAAGCAAUCUGCGACAGAAUUGGCGCAAGAAGUCAGCAAGCUGCUUGUCAACAAGUCAAGCGACGAUUCGGUGGCCAAUGGAAAAAUUACACCGGAACAAGAAGAAAAGCUGAGACAACUGCUUCCAUUCGAAGAGGCGCCUCAUUAUCUCAAAUAUAAUCCUUACAUAUUGAAGGGUUAUCGAAAUUCCUUAACUACAAAACUGUGCCUUGAAAGCAUAUUUUGGUGGACAAAUGAGACCGUGAAUAUAUGGAGUCACAUUUUCGGCUGGAUGCUCUUCUUCGGUCUGACCUUAUAUGAUAUAUGUCUACUGAAUAUUCACGCGCCAUUCAGUGAUAAAAUAAUUGUAUCCCUCUUACUUCUCUGUUUUCAGGUAUGCAUGAUUCUCUCAUCCGUAUAUCACACAUUUUCGUGUCGAAGUGAAAAGGAUUACUGGUGCUUUCUAUCCUUCGACUUAUUUGGUAUCGCUUUAAGCAUGUUGUCGAUCUACAUGUCCGGCAUUUAUUAUGCCUUUUGGUGUCAUAAGGAGCUACAGUAUUUCUACUUAAUAACUGUGCUCGCAAUCUUCAUUUUUGCAAUGAUACUACAAAUACCUAAACUAAACAUUAACGGCAACAUUAAAUUGGGCGUGUUUGUGGCCUGGGCGAUUUAUGGCGUACUGCCAACGUUGCACUGGACUGUAGCGAUGGGUGGUUUAGAUAAUCCGAUCGUCAAAAUGCUCAUUCCAAGAGUGAUGGGAAUGUAUGUUAUUAACGCGGUAGCGUUCGCGUUCUACAUGUUUAAGAUACCCGAACGUUUUUACCCAGGUUGUGUAGACUACAUCGGCUCGUCGCAUCAAUGGUGGCACGCGUUAGUUGUGCUAGCUCUCUAUUAUUGGCAUAACACUGGAAUGCUUUAUGUAGAAUACAGGAUGAAUCAUGGAUGUCCGAGGAGUAUGAAAUUAUGACAUACGGAUUCCGGCGACCAAACAGAAUCUAUCCUCGCCAUGGAUUGCUCUUGCAUGAUGAAGGAUAACUGGUCGUCACAAGUUGUAGAACCACCUUUUUAUGCUAUUUUGAAGAGUACAUAUUGCGAAAUUCUAAAUCCAUUAGAAAUGUACGCGUAUCGAUAGUUUUGAAAUAUUUAUUUUUAGAAAAUGUAUCUUGUGAAAAAGUGAGAGAGAUUUUUGAAUGGAGAAAAACUCAUUGUAGAUAUAA